CUCUUAACUCUCAAAAGAGACAAGCUGAAGUAGCUAAACUGAUGGAUCUUCUUGCCAGCACUACGCACUGACAGGACAGGAGAUUGCGCAUGUGCAAGGUGAGGAAAUGAAAAUGAAUGCAGCCAAUACAUCUCAAGACAUAUUCUGAACAGGGAACAGCAUGGGUGGUUGAGUACUACACCACUAAGUCUUUUCUUGUGAAGAGGACAGAAGGCUUAGUUCUACCCUGGACCAGACCCCUGCUCUAUCCACCACAGCAUCCAGGGCCCCCCAUCUAGAAGCUUCCACCAUGACCGAGAAUGACUAUGGCAGCUUUGUGGACUGGAACCAGAUGGGUGACCUGGCCACCCCCAGCGGUCCCUCCAAUGUAGACUGCAAGGACCUGAAGGUGUUCAAGCAGAUGGCCAGAUCGGGCCACUGGGCCAAGAACCACAACCUCCGUGCCCAGGUCUACCAGCAGCUCAUCAAGGCCAUCCCCUGUCGCACCGUCACCCCGGACGCCGAGGUGUACCGUGACCUGAUGGGCGACGCUCUCUCCAAGAAACCCUCCUCCACCAUCCCGCUGCCGGAGUUUGUGGAUGGCAACCUGGUGCCGCACUACUCCCUCAAGACGGAAGCAGUGGCAUCCGUGCAUCGGAUCAUUUCCUGUCUCGCCGGCCAGUUCCCAGACAUCUCCCACUGCCCCGCCCUGCCCGCCAUGACGGCGCUCCUGCUGCAUUUCAGUGCCGACGAGGCCCAGUGUUUCGAGCACAUCAGCCGACUCCUGGCCUGCAACGAGCCUGGCCGCCGCUUAAUGGACCAGACUUUCCUGGCUUACGAGUCCAGCUGCAUGACCUUCGGUGACCUCGCCAACAAGUACUGCCCGGCGGCCCACAAGCUAAUCGUCGUGACCGCCCAGGACGUUCUAGAGGUCUACUCUGACUGGCAGCGCUGGAUUCUGGGGGACCUGCCCUUCGCCCACGUGGCAAGAGUCCUGGAUGUGUUCCUGGUGGAGGGCUACAAGGUCCUGUACAGAGUGGCCCUGGCCCUGCUCAAGUUCUACCGUAAGCAGAAGGCCGGGGCCCAGCCAGCCGGGGGCCAAGCGCAGGACUCUGCGGGGGUCCGGGACGACAUCCAGACUUUCGUCAAGGGGAUCGGCUCCGUGGUGACCCCCGACAAGCUCCUGGAAAAGGCCUUCUCCAUCCGCCUCUUCAGCCGCAAGGAGAUCACCCUGCUGCAGCUGACCAACGAGAAGUCCCUGCAGCAGAAGGGCAUCACCGUCAAACAGAAGAGACGGAACGUACAGCUGGCGCUGAACCCAGACACCUUCUCCUCGGAGAUUGUCAGCACCAAGGAGAUGCACGACAUCUGGUCGUGGAUCCCUGAGCGCUUCGCGCUGUGCCAGCCGCAGCUCCUGUUCACCACCUCCAACCACGGCUGCAGCCUCAACAGGUUCUACUCUCACUGCGAAGGUUAUGAACCCACUCUGAUGCUCAUCAGGACCACUGACCAUGAUGUGUGUGGAGCUUUCCUUUCUACUGACUGGGAGGAGCGCAAGAGAGGAGGAAACAAACUAAGCUUCUUUGGGACAGGGGAAUGCUUCGUCUUUAGGCUGAAGCCAGAGAUGGAGAGGUAUGAGUGGGUUGUGAUUCGCCAUCCCGAGCUAGUCUCUUCCAUAAAGCCCCCGGCCCCAGGCGAGGACCCGGAACAGCCCCAGGACGAGGCUUCCUCCCAGGGACACAACUCUGAAGGCAACUCCCUCCCCGUGGAGAGACAGGCCGCAGACCCCUCGGAGCGCCUGUCGCCCUUCCUCUCCGCCCGCCACUUCAACCUUAACUCCAGGAACACCUCGAUGUUCAUGGCCGGCAACUUUGACUCCAUCAUCGUGGGGGGAGGCGACGGUAAUGCCCUCUACAUCGACUCUGAGCUGAACCACGGACGAACGGGCCGAUGCAGCACUUUCGACAACCCACCGCUGUGUGCAGAGAGCUUCCAGGUCGCCCUGCUGGAGGUGUGGGGCUUUCAGGACUCCAUGGCCUCUUAAUGGGACACACACACACCUUCAGAUAGAUGCCCUCCGGCAGACAUUCAAAUGCAGAUGCUUAUCCGUCCUUGCAGGGGUUUGGUUUGAGGAAGUAACCUUGAAUAUUAUGAUCAAACCAUUUCAAUGAGUCUAUAUACUUAAAUGUUCAUUAUUUUUUUAUUUAUUGAUGCAAAAAUAGUAUCAUUAUCGCAACAAUAUCAGUCAGCAGACUUCUUUUUUUCACUGAUUUUUAACUAUGCUGCAUUAUUAUAUUUUUGUUGACUUUUGAGGGGUUUGGGUAUAUCAAAAACAAUUUGCUAAAGAUCUCAAGUCUCUCAACAAGAACAAAUGCUUGGCUGACACCCAUUUUAGCUGUCCUGAAGCGCUCCGGUUUGUGCAUGCUUUUGUUCCUACCCAGAAAUCUUUCGUGUUAUUCUUGCGUUAAAUGCACUAGCGCUGAACUAGACGAUACAGGCGUACAUUUUCCUUCACCCGUCAUCUGUGCAAUGUUGUUAAACUCCAACUGCCAAAUCCUUAAAUAGCAGUUUCCUUUAUUUAUAAAAAAAAAUAUUGUGCAACUUUCCCACUCGUGUCCAUAAACUGUUGUAUGUGAAGUGUCUCUUUGGAGAAGAUGAGUGUUUUUUUGAAUGAAACUAGUAUCUGAAUGCAGUCAAGACAAGUUGUGCCAGAUUGUGCAAAAUCUUUAUCUUUGUCAUAGACCAGUUUGUGCUUUUUCUCUCAUGCAUAUCUGGUUCAUAUGUGUGCUUAAUAUCAGAUACAUGUGGUGCUGUUAGAAGAUUCAUGUGUUGUCAAUGUAAAAUGUUUGAUAUGUAAUGUCCCCUGCUUUCUCACCAACUUAACAUUCUGUUUUAGAGUGGUACAAUUGAAAAAUAAGCGUCCAAUAUGUGCACAUUGUUCUUUUAUUUAUAUAUAUUUUUAAUUGCUUGGAUGGGUGUUAUCAGGUGAGCUGAAGAACAAAUGUUGUCAAUGGUUUCAGUUGACUGUCAGUGGUGAAUUUGUGUAAAGUAAUGCAGUAUUUCUCUAUGUUUAUCCGUCCCUUGAGCUUUCAAACAAUAUCAUAAGUCCUGAAUAUGGACUGUCUUGAAGACACCUUUGAUUAUAUCAUUGAAUGUAUGUGGUGGAAGUCAAAUGACUUCUCUAGUGAAGUGUUGGUUGUGAAUCUACAGUUGUAUCAUCAAUGUGAAAGUACAGUUAUACACCAAGAGACUUGACUCA